UAUUAUGUUUUUUUUUUAAAUAUUUCAAUACACCAAGCGUGGCCUUGCUAUUUUAUUAAGUUUAUAUAGAAGAUUGUUUAGGAGAAUUUGUAUAGGAGUAUCAAUGGUAAGUGUGAAGUAAAAAGUUAUUUGUAUUUGUAUGAGAUUAUUCAGCCAUGCAAAGUCACAUCAAAUCCAGCAAUAAGAAUCCUCCGCAUUACACAUCAUUUUCACAUUUUUUUCCCUUUGGAUAAAUGACAACAAUUGCCCAGUUAUUUUGGGCUGCCCCCCUCUUCAGGAGUGAUACAACUAUUAAUGCUUCUAGUUGACAACUUGCAAUGCCAAUCCAAGUGGCAGGUAGUAUCAUAUGAAAUCAAUUUCUUCUUUAUAUAAAGUUUGGCCAGUAACCUUACUCUUUCUAUGCUUCAAAGUUCAAACCCAAAUGCAUUACUCAAGUCCAAUCCACUUCUUCUCCUCUAUGAGGAUAAUCCAUGCUUCAUGCUUCUUUUAUUUCUCUGUUUUCUUCAAAUAAGGAAUGUUGUUGUGUAACCAUGGCAGGCAUCGAUGCUCUCUUUUAAUUUCUUAAAUUGGUUUUUCCGAAUUUCGUCUAAUGUCUUGCAUGUGGGGAUGAGGCCAUGCAUUGCAGCCAAGGAUGACUUGCCGGCAUAUUCUUUCAGAAAUGAUACUUGCUAACUCCUUUCAUUGUCAUUUUUUAAUGUUCAAAAUUUUGUCUAAUAAUAUCUAUUGAUUUAGAGUUUUAAUCUACUAUUAAUAUGUUAUUUUCAAUUUUACCUUUAUCUUGAUAAUUUCUAUAAACUCCUAGAAUUAUUUUACAAUUCACUAGGCAUGAUAAUUUCAUUAGCUCAUUGGUCGGCAAGUCGUCUCUGGCUACAUUAAGGCCUGAUUCUCUCAUGCUAGAUUUUUGAUGAUAUAGCAUAUAGCACUUGAUUCUUUGAGAGGAUGAUGAUUAAUGGUGAGAUUGAUCAACUAAUAAUUGCACAAAGAACAACAUACAUGACAUAACUUAUUAAAAACAAUAGUAUCUAGGUUCAUAUAUAUGUGUAUAAAAUGAAGCUAUAAAUUAUUGGGGUUUUUUUUUUAAUAAUGAUUUCUUUGAUUUAACUUGCUGAAUUUUGCAGGUGUAUCGUGUUAGCAUCCGUGAUCUUGUUGCUAGUCUCCAUGUUUUAGAAGUUUCAGGUUUCAUCCAACAGAUGAAGAGCUCAUAACUCACUACCUCUCUCAGAAGGUUGUUGGUAGCUGCUUCUAUGCAACUGCCAUUAUUGGAGAGGCUGAUUUCAACAAGUGUGAGCCUUGGGAUUUACCUUGGAGGGGCAAAAUGGGAGAAAAAGAAUUGUAUUUUUUCUGUUUGAAGGACAAAAAAUACCCAACAGGUGAAAGGACAAAUAGAGCCACUGGCGCUGGGUACUGGAAGGCCACAGGGAAAGACAGAGAGAUAUACAAUGCAAAAGCAAAAGCACUUAUUGGGAUGAAGAAAACACUUGUUUUCUACAAAGGAAGAGCUCCAAAUGGUGAAAAGACAAAUUGGGUCAUGCAUGAAUAUAGGUUGGAAGGCGAUAAUAAACCUUCUAUAUACAAUCUACCCAAAGAAACCAAGAAAGAGUGGGCUUUGUGCAGAGUUCUACACAAAAGUGAAAAGAAAGUAAUGCAUGUUCCACAACCACAGGGAUUGGUUGAGUUCAGCUCCUAUGAAAAUAAGGAACUUCCCCAAUUAAUGGAUUCUUCACAAGUAACAUUCUUUUCAUCAGACCCAAAUAAUCAAAGUGAGGAUCCAAAUCCAAUCACACGUGAUGAUGAUAAUAAUAAUGAUGACAUCAUAUUUGAUAGCAUUGAAACUCCUUUCUUGGAACAACAACCACCUUAUUCUUCAUCCUAUGAUUCUUCAGAUUUAGACACCCUUAACCCUGCCACAUGGGAUAUUUCCGAAAAUGCCCCUACAAGUAAUGCGUCUAAGGAGACGGACUUUGAUGCUGACAUGUUCUCUUUGAUGUACAACAAUAGAGAAGUGUUCCAAACAUCAUUUGAGAAUCAGGAAUAUUAUGCAUAUGAUUCUGUAGGACAUGUGGACAAUGGUUCCCUAUGGAAUUUUUAGAGAAUUAGGAUUAUGAUUAGAAUUGGUUUAAUUUUUCUAAUAAUUUCAACUUAUUAAGGUUAACUCAGUUGAUUAGGAUAACAUAGUUUAGCUUCCUUCUUCUGUCUUUAGAUCUUGGGCUUGAACCCAUUUGUAAUAAAAAGAAAAAAAAUAUAUAUAUAUUAACUGAUAGUUGUUU